AUGGAGUCGCGGUCCCAGAAGAAGAAGAGGGUUGUUGCUCUGACAGCCAUCAGUGCGAGCGUUGCCGCAGACGCAAGAUCAGAUGCAGUGGCGAUUUGGGCCAAGGCCAACCCUGUACGAACUGUUUCGUCCCACAACAUCCCCCUCAAGCCCGAUACCACUUCUACCAUCGGCUACUCCGUCAAUGAUGCCCGACACGCCAACGGAACCAUCAUUCCCUACGGCCAACACCUUGGGGCUGUUGGUGUCAGCGACCAUCGUAGUUACCCUUACGGUCACCAUCAAGCCCCGCCGCCGACUAGUCAUAAACAGGACUUCCCUGCCACAGCCACUUACGCGUCGGCUCCCAACCCCUACGGCGAUCUUACCGCUGUUGGUGUGGGCAGUCAGUUUGCUGAUUAUACGGCAGCGGGGCACCCGCCGGUGCAUGCCAUGGCUCAUGAGAUUGUGGGCAUGGUUCCUAGUUGGAGUUCUAGAAAAACUACUCCUUAUGGCGGUUCCCCCAGCUUUUCCUUCUCCGGUACUGCGUCCCUACCCACCACUAGUACCGGCGCCGAUCGCUUGUUGCCAAACCCCACAGCCAGAACCGGUACCUCCCGCUCCUCCCUCCCUUAUGCCGGCGGCACAGCCAUGAAGACCUCUUUCCAACCAGGAGUAUCGAGCCCCCCCGCCAAUGUCGCUGCUUCUGCAACUGCCUACGGCGGCUUUGAUGGUCUUCCCGCGUCUUACGGAUCAAUUCGCGAAGUUGAGGGAGAGAAUUGCGAAGGCGCAAAAGCUUCUGGAGGAGGCGGAUGCUAA